AGUAAGUGAGUUCAGAAAAAUAACUCCAUAGAUCUACACUAGAGUAGUGCUUCUAUAUAUAUGAGCAGACCUACAUUUGGGAACUCAAAGACAAGGCUUCUCUGGGAGAUGAAACAAGUGAGAAGGUAUGGGAAUCAGAAAAGGGAAGAGAUGAUGGUGAUGAUGAAUGAAGUGAAAGAGAAAGAGAAGGGAAGAGGAUCAUCAGAGUCAGGUGGUGGAUGGUGGAUGCCAGACCCAAGGACAGGGAUUUAUUAUCCAAAGGGUUGUGAAAGGGUGAUGGAUGACAUCCCUGAUGGAGCUGCCACCUUUCAACAAACUCAUUGGUUCAGGAGUUUGGAAGGAGUUGAACAUUCCACUACUGCUACAAGGAUUAAUCCUUCAUCCACUGAUCAUCCUAUUAUUCAUGAUCAUCUUUUUAUAGAUGCAUAGAUGAUUAAUUAAUCAUCUCCCUUUAAUAAAUGCCAAAAUAACAUUUCCUUAAUAUAUAUAUAUAUAUAUACAUAUAUGAUAAAAAAUAAAGAGUAAUGAAAGUUAUUUGGCUAUAU